ACAACUUAAAACAAAGCUUGAGAUCUGAAAAUAUAAUCUCUCAAAUGGAAGAAGUCGGAAUACUUAUCGUUGGCGGUGGAAUAGCUGGUCUAGCCACUUCCCUUGCUCUUCAUAGGAAAGGAAUAAAGAGUGUGGUGUUGGAGAGAGCAGAGCAAGUGAGAUCAGAAGGAGCUGGAAUUGGAACUCUCACCAAUGGUUGGAGAGCUCUUGAUCAACUUGGUGUCGGUCAUCGUCUUCGUCUCACUUCUCUUCUUAUUCACAAGGCACGAACCAUGUUGAUUGAAAAUGGGAAAACACAAGAAUUUGUCUUAACCAUCGCAGAUGAAGCUCGUUGUAUUAAAAGGAACGAUCUAGUUGAGGCCUUAGCCGAUGCUCUUCCUCAAGGAACCAUCCGGUUUGGUUCCCAAAUCGUUUCUAUAAACGAGGACCAAACUACGUCGUUUCCGGUCGUUCAGUUAUCCAAUGGAAAGACGAUCAAAGCCAAGAUCUUGAUUGGAUGCGACGGUGCUAAUUCAGUCGUUAGUGACUACCUACAGUUAGGCCCGAGAAAAGCGUUUUCUUGUCGUGCGGUUAGAGGCUUUACUAAUUACCCAAACGGCCAUGGGUUCCCACAAGAGCUACUAAGGAUAAAGAAAGGAAACAUCUUAGUCGGAAGGCUUCCUUUAACCGAGAAUCAAGUCUUUUGGUUUCUGGUGCAUAUGCAAGACAAUCAUUACAAAGUCGAAGAUCAAGAAUCGAUCGCGAAUCUGUGCCUAAAAUGGGUGGAUGAAAUGUCCCAAGAAUGGAAAGAAAUGGUGAAAAUAUGCAAUGUAGAGUCAUUGUCAUUAACGCACUUAAGGUACCGAGCGCCAUCAGAAAUCAUGUUAGGGAAAUUUCGACGCGGGACUGUGACAGUAGCCGGCGAUGCGAUGCACGUGAUGGGUCCUUUCUUGGGACAAGGAGGCUCAGCUGCGCUAGAGGAUGCUGUCGUUCUAGCUAGAUGUCUAGCUAGGAAAGUUGGUCCGGACCAGGGGGACUUGUUAAAAGAUUGUUCGAUGAGAAGUAUUGAGGAAGGUAUUGAUGAGUAUGUGAAGGAACGUAGGAUGAGAUUACUCGGGCUUUCGGUGCAAACUUAUUUGACCGGACGUUCGUUGCAAACGCCAUCAAAAGUUGUGAGACUAAUGUUUAUAGUUUUGUUGGUACUAUUGUUUGGCCGUGAUCAGAUUCGUCAUACUAAAUAUGAUUGUGGCCGUCUCUAGAAAUUUGAUAGACACUUUAUAAUCUUUUAGUGUGAGGUUUGUGUGUGCUUUAUUGUUUGUGUGUGUUUGUUUCUUAUAAAAGCUUUCCUUCUCUUUGACCCCAAAAAA